AUGGGGGCCGUCCUAUCGAUCCCGGCUCUCAUACUCCCCUCCGCGGCGACGGUAUGGUCGGUGGCUGCCUCCUGUUGCGGAGCGGCAUCAUGCUCCAUGAUCUGUGGACCGUGCGGCAUGUCCAAGUUCAGAUCAUCCAUAGCCACCAGAAUCGCAUAUGCUAUGAUUUUGUUGGUUAACAGUAUUGUGGCAUGGAUUAUGCUCACACCUUGGGCUAUACGAAAACUCGAACAUCUCACGCUUGAUUACAUGACAUUCAAAUGCGGUUCGUCCGAGUGUUAUGGCUAUUUCGCGGUUCAGCGCAUCAACUUCGCCCUCGCCCUCUUCCACUUCAUCCUGUCCAUUCUCCUCGUUGGGGUUAAAAGCACCAAAGAUGGUCGGUCAGGUCUACAAAACGGUUUCUGGGGUCCAAAGAUUCUGGUUUGGCUCGCUUUCAUCGUCCUGUCCUUUUUCAUCCCGGAAGGGUUCUUUCUAUUUUGGGGAAAUUAUAUCGCCUACCCAGGAGCCAUGCUCUUUGUUCUUCUUGGCCUUAUCCUCCUCGUGGAUCUCGCUCAUUCGUGGGCUGAGCUUUGUCAGGAUAAAAUUGACGAGGGCGACGGACCGAACUAUCGACUCUGGCAGGUUUUACUUAUGGGGUCAAGCUUGGGAAUGUACCUGGCCGCGUUUGCCAUGACGAUUGUCAUGUGCUAUUACUUUGCCGGCAAGAAAUGCAGCAUGAACAUUUCGGCCAUCACCGUCAACCUGAUCUUCAUAUUUGUCAUCACCAUCCUCAGUGUGCAGCCCACUAUUCAAGAUGCCAACCCCAAGGCAGGUUUGGCUCAAUCCGCCAUGGUGGCGGCGUACUGCACUUAUCUCACCUUUUCUGCCGUCUGUAUGGAGCCGGACGACAAGCACUGCAAUCCCCUCAUUCGAGCUCGAGGAGCACGGACCACGACUGUUGUUCUGGGAGCCAUCGUCACUAUGCUCACUAUAGCCUAUACCACCACGCGAGCAGCAACACAAGGGUUUGCCAUGGGGUCUAACACGGCCAAAAACAAAUACGCUCAACUGACACAAGACGAAUAUGAACACGGUCUGGUUACUCAGCAACCCGCAUCACGCAGAGAGAUUAUGAGGGCAGCAGUCGAAAGUGGUGCCUUGCCUGCGUCGGCGUUGGACGAAGAUUCGGACGACGAGGAUGAUGCCACGGUGGGCUCCAAGGACGACGAGCGCCAAGGCACUCAAUAUAACUACAGCUUGUUCCAUGUCAUCUUCCUCCUGGCGACAUGCUGGGUCGCGACACUGUUGACUCAGAAGAUGGAUCCCGAGAAUUCAAGUGACUUCACCCCGGUGGGACGGACAUAUUGGGCGAGCUGGAUCAAGAUCAUCAGUGCAUGGGUGUGCUAUGCAAUUUACAUUUGGACACUGGUUGCUCCAGUGGUGCUCGAGGGCCGAGACUUUUCGUGA